AUCCACGCGCUGAAAAAGCUAGAGACCUGUCCAUACAACAUACCCCUCUGUUCUCCAUGGCUGGUGUUCAGGAGCCACUAUCCGCCCUCCCUGAAAAAUGGGCUUCUCCAUCACCAUCUGCGAAGUCGAUUUCCCCCCUCGUCGAGCGCAGACUUCUUCCCGCUGGGCCAGCUUACCUCGCACAUGUCCGACGAGCGGUCUUAAACCUUUCAUUUGAAGAGCACGACAAGCACCAGGAAGAGGAGCAAAGACGGCUCGAUGCGCUCAAUGGAAAUGGUUUGAAUGGAGAAGACGACAUGGGCGUAGGCGAAGAGGAAGAGCCAGAGGAGCUACUAUUACAGGAUCCUAAAGAGUGGAAGAAACAAGAUCAUUACCAAGUCCUGGGCCUUUCGCAUCUGCGACACAAAGCUACUCCUGCACAAAUUAAAAUCGCUCAUCGUAAAAAGGUGCUCAAGCACCAUCCAGACAAAAAGGCCGGAGCUUCUCACACGACGAACGACGACGCGUUCUUCAAGUGUAUACAAAAAGCCAACGAGGUCCUCACGAACCCUGAGCGUCGGCGCCAAUUUGACUCCGUCGACCCAAAUUUUGUCGCCAUCGAAGACGACGUCCCCACCGCUUCGCAAUUCAAAAACAGAGAAAAAGACACUCAAUACUUCUUUGACGAAUUUACACCCGUGUUCGAGAGGGAAGCCCGGUUUAGCAAGAAGACGCCGGUGCCGAUGCUUGGUCAGUACGAUGACCCGAAGGAGAAGGUUGAGGGAUUCUAUGACUUCUGGUAUAACUUUGAUAGUUGGAGAUCGUUCGAGUAUCUGGAUAAGGAAGUUAACGAGGGAAGCGACAACCGCGACGACAAGCGCUAUACAGAGAAGAAGAACAAGUCCGAGCGAGCGCGACGCAAGAAAGAGGAUACCGCACGUCUACGGGGUAUCGUGGAUCUCACGCUAGGCCUUGACCCGCGCAUCAAGAGGAUCAAGCAGGAAGAGAAGGAGGCACGUGAGGCAAAGAAGAAAAACAAGAAUGGUUUGACUCCUGCCAACCAGAAGGCGAAGGCCGAGGAGGAAAAACGCAAGGCUGAGGAGGAGGCUAAGAAGAAGGAGGAAGAAGAAACGAUCGCUCGUGCAGAAGCCAAGAAGGCAAAGGCAGCUGCUGCAAAUGCUGCCAAGAAGGCAAGGCGGCAACAACGAGCUGCGGAAGGAGAGGGCGCCAAUGGGCCUUAAUUCCAAAAUUCCAAAAGUAUAAAGUGCCUCUCAUCAACGUCGUGGCAUAUAUUGGCGGCGAACUAAGAGCAAUGUGUCCAUUUUACUCAUCAAUUUCUAUAUUAUCGCGAUGCCGUCCUCGUCCAUACGUACUGUUACGCAGGACUACGAACUUACAUUUGGCCUGUCUUUGUUACACUUGGAUCACUAGUACCAUAUUAGAAUAUAUGCGCAGUAACGGACCGAUGCAGACUUCCGAGUUGCUCCAAGCUUUUGAUUCCUAUACGUAUCCAGUGACCAGGAAGCAAAGUUU